AAUCGUUAUCGCCACUUGCAAUUUAAAAUCUGAAGAACACGCGAAAAUUGUAUUUAACUCACCUCCAGAAAAACUUUAAUCACCGCAACUGUGAUCUUUUAACGCAGAAAAUCGUGAAUUUUGACGUGUGACUCGUAGCGGAACGCCAAAAAGCUCCUUUUUUUCGAGAAACUCGCAACAUUUUACACACACACACACAGACAUACACGCCGUACCGAGGUUCCCAAUCAUAAGAUAAAAAAAAUUAUCGCAACCGGAGAAUUUGUGCAGGAAACGUUUGAAAAAAACCACUCAACAACCCGAUAGGAAAUGGUAAUGGAUCUCCCCACUCCCCAAUGUGUCGGCCGCGAGUUUGUGCGCCAAUAUUACACGCUGUUGAACAAGGCGCCCGAUCACUUGCACAGGUUCUAUAACAACUCCUCGAGCUUCGUGCAUGGCGGCUUGGAUGCCAGUAAUCGCAACGCGACGACUGUUGUUGGCCAGAAGCAGAUCCAUAACAAGAUCCAACAGUUGAAUUUCCGCGAUUGCCAUGCGAAAAUCAGUCAAGUGGACUCGCAGGCGACAUUGGGAGGCGGCGUUGUCGUUCAAGUAACGGGCGAGCUGUCGAAUUCCGGCAUGCCGAUGCGUCGUUUCACGCAAACCUUCGUGCUGGCAGCGCAAUCGCCGAAAAAGUACUACGUGCAUAACGACAUUUUCCGCUACCAGGACCUCUACUCCGAAGACGAUGUCGAGGAAAAUGGUCGUUCGGAGGCUGAUGAUGAAAUUCCCCGUGCCGACGACGAUCAUUCAGCCACGCAAUUGAUCAACCAGCAAACCAUCUACUAUUCCUCGAACGUUUUGACGUCGGCGCCGAACGUUCUGCCCGACUACGGGCAACAACAAGCCACGGGUCCCGCCGCGCAACAACUUAACGGGCACGAGGAAGCUGCUGCGGCGCCCGUUGUCGUCGAAGAAAGUGUCGUUGUCGAGGCGGAAAUUGUCGCUGCCGAGCCGGAAAUGCAACGCGAUCCCACGCCCGAACCGGAUGUCUUUGAAAGUGCUGCGGCUGCGGUCGAGGAAAAGCCCGAACCUGUCGUUGCGGCAUCGAAUGAACCGAAAACGUGGUCCAAUUUGGUCAAGUCGGGCGGUAUGUCGUCGAAAGUUGUUCCGCCGCCAGUUGCCAAUAACGUUGCAGCAGCAGCAGCAACGCCCCUUCCUUCUUCCAACAAAUUCCCCGAUUCGACGCGUUUUGAUCCGCCGUUGGGCGCUACGGGACCCGGAUUGUCGCAGAAACAGUCGUUGCCGCCACGUGGAAAUGUGCAGAAUCGCGAACGGCGCACCAGUAACACGAAUACCGUGCCGCAAAAUCAGCAGUUUAACGAUAACCAGCAACUUUUCCUCGGCAAUAUUCCGCAUCAUGCCAGCGAUGAGGAGCUCAAGGCGUUGUUUAGUCGCUUCGGAACUGUCGUUGACCUACGCAUCUUGUCGAAGCAGGGCCAACCAAAGGUACCGGGGCAACGACCUCCGCCAAAUUAUGGAUUUAUCACGUACGAAGAUGCUGCCGCAGUGCAAGAAUGUCUCGCUAAUUUGCCAUUGUAUUUCCCCGAUAACGCCCCAGACGGUCAAAAAUUGAAUGUCGAGGAGAAGAAGACACGCACUCGGGCACCUGGCGAAACGGGCGGUCGCAUUGGCGGCGGAAACUACAGCAAUAGCUUGGGCGGCAACACACAACGCACCCUCAACAACGGCUUGAACAACGGACAGUCGAAUCGCAAUGGGCCCAGCAACAGCUCCGGCCUCAACAGAAACACGACACAGACACGCAACAACAACAACGCAGGCGGCGGCGGCACCGGAGGCAAUCUCGGUGGCCAAAAUCGCGGCACCUUCAAUCGGGAUCGGGAAAGGCAACCACUCGGACAACGCAAUACCGGCAACGCGAGCAACAGCAACAACACCUAUAAUCGUCGUAACUAAUAGAGUUAACUUUUCUCUCAUUACAUACAAAUUUCACACACACACACACACACAUACACACAAAAAAAUUACAUUUAAAUUUAAACGUAGAAAAGAUGAAAAAAAAAAUCAAGCAAGGAGAAAAUUUAAAAUUUAGGGAUAAAAUUCAUUAAAAAAAAAAAUAUUUCCUACUCCUUCUCCCCUCGUAAAUUAACAGAAAAAAUUAAUCGACAUCAUUUUAUAGAAUAAAUCACUCUUCCAAGAAAGCAAGAAAAAAAUACAAAAAAAAAGACUUUGUUCGUAAAAACAUCUGAGAUAGUCGCUUAGCUCUCAUAUAUUACACGAACGAUUUUUUUCUCCACACAUCAUCAUCAACAAGUAUCAUGCGCUUAGUAAUAAAAUAAAAUAAUAUUAAAUAUAAUGAUAAAUUUUUACACAACGUCUCAUAAAAAAAAAAAUUCAAAUCAUCAUCAAAAAAAACAUUCAAACAGCAAAUUUGUGGCACAUCAUAAAAAAUUAAAUUAAAAAAGUGUGAAAAAUAAUUAAAUUAAGUAUUAUGAAAAAAUUUUUUUAACCCUUUACUGCUAGAUAGGACAACAUUAUUAUGUACUUUUUUAAAGAAAAACAACAAAAUAACAAAUAAUAAAAUUAAUCUAGUUUAUGAUGUAAAAACAAAUAUUUAAGAAGCAACAAAAAAAAAACAAAAUGUGCCUGGAAAUUAUAAAAAACCCGAAUAUUAAUUUUUUUUAAUUUUACAACACAACAACAUCGAGUCCCCCGUCAAUAAAUUUGUGUUCAAACAACAAUUUACACAAAUAAAAAUAAAAAAUAUACAAAAAAAAAGUUUCAAAAAAAUUUAAUAAUUAAAAAAAAAUAGAGUUUGGUGUGUGUGUGGCUCGUAAUUGUAGGUGUAAUAUCAAAUUGUUACGCAAUUAUCUCAGAAAAUGUUAAUUUUAACAAUUUUUUUUAUAUAUUAUUUAAAACAAAGGCUCGACCAAACUACGACAGCGCAUUUCUUAAAAAAAAAAUAUUUUUUUUAUUUCUUAAAAAAAAAAAAAUCUUACUACAUUAGGAAGAAAAAAGAUUGCGACUGACGGCCAAUUUAACAAAUUUUCCUUUAUGUUUUAAAUAAUUCUUAAAAAAUAAUAAUAAAAAAAAUUAGAAAACUUUAACAAAUCAUUUUUGUGACGAUCGAUGUACGAACCGUACUUUGUUUAAAAAAAAAUUUUCUUCAAAAAAAAAAAUCAAAGCAAGAAAAAAAAUUAAUUUGUGGUGAUUUGUCAAAAAAAAAACUUGAAAACUUACUUAAUAGAAUACUAAAUAUAUGAUGAAAGUCUCAAAAGUUGAGUUGAAUUCUGAAUAAAAAAAAAACGUGGAAGCAAUCAGGCGAAAAAUUUAUGAAAUUUAAAAAAUAAAAAAUUUCCAGGCGAAAAAAAAAUUUUACAUUUUAAUGUAUUUUUAAUUUUUUUUUUUUUGUAAUUGUAGUCAGACAUUCAACUCAGCUUUAAUUCAUUGAACGAAGGCUGUUUAAUUAAAGAAAAUUCAUUUUAAUAAAAAAAACGUAUUCUUAAAAAAAAAAUAAUAAAAUUAAUUAGAAAUGACAAGGAAAGAAGAACAAGAUGUUUGUUGUUCAAGGAUCGUGCCAAUAUUAAAUGAAAAGUCUACUACAACAGAGAUUUUGAAUCGUUCAGGUUCUGGUGUCGUAAUUUAGGAAAAACAAAAAAAAAUAUAGAAUAUUAAAAAAAAACAACAAAAAAAAAAUCACAAAAAAUCUUUAAUUAAUUUAUGAUCCCUGAACAUUACAUUCAUCAUCCAUUUUUAGUUAUUUUCUCUCUAUAGGUUCAUAUAAAAUUAACGUGAAUAAAGCAUCAUUAUUAUGCUGUAUUUAUACAUUUAAAAAAAAAACAUUGUAGAAAAGUAUCGUUUCUAACUCCCAACUAUAAGAAAUUCCCCUUUGCCCCGAAAAUGAUGAAAAAUUUAAUUUAAAAAAAAAGAAAAAAAAAAUGAAAUAAAACUAGAA